CCAAUCUCUAUUUCCCUCCGACCUGUGCUAUCCCCCGCACAACCACAUCAACGCUAAACAUGCCGAUGCGUUCGGCGGUGCGAGGCGUAGUUGGCCGGCCUUUGGUGGCUCCCCAGUCGUCCGCGAGGCCAGUUCUUUCUUGGGCGGCGGCGAGAUGGAAAGGCUCCGCAGCUACUCCGAAGAGCGAGGCAGCAGCAGCUGCUGCUGCGAAAAAGGAGGAUGCGAAACCAAAGGCUGCCGAGCCAGACAAGCCGCAGCCUACUCCUCCCGAUCUACCGGUAUCCUUUCUGGACGUGAGCAAGGCGAUGCACCGCAUUCGGGACGGAAUCGUCCGGUCAGACAUGAAGAGGAGCCAUUUUUUGAGCGAUCUCUGCGGGAUGGAGGUGUACCUCAAGCAGGAGUUCAGCCAAUUUACCGGAUCGUUUAAGGAGAGAGGCGCGCGAAACGCUCUGAUGUGUCUCGACGAGGAGGAGAGGAAGAGGGGAGUGAUCGCCGCCAGCGCGGGAAAUCACGCCCUCGCUCUCGCGUGGCACGGCACUCAGCUGGGGAUCCCGGUGACGGUCGUCAUGCCUACAAUUGCGCCGCUCACCAAGGUGAACAAGUGCAAAGCCUUCGGCGUGAACGUGGUGCAGUUCGGACAGCAUAUCCUCGAGGCCAAGGACCACGCCACCAGCGCGCCGCAGUUCAAGGGUAUGCGGUACAUCAACGGGUACGACGACGUCGAGAUUGUCGCAGGAGCGGGGACCAUGGGGAUGGAGAUUCUGGAGCAGGUUCCCGACGUGGACUACAUCGUUGUUCCGGUGGGAGGCGCCGGGCUUAUCGCCGGCAUCGCCCUCGCCACCAAGACGUUGCAGCCGGAGGUCAAGGUUCUUGGAGUGGAGCCGCACUUCUGCCCGAGCCUCACGGCGGCACUGAAGGCUGGCAAGCCGGUGCACGCGGAGACGACCGCCACUCUGGCCGAUGGACUCGCCGUGCCUACGGUCGGGGGCCAGGCGUUCAAGGUCGCACAGGCUCACGUGGACGGCGUCUCGCUCGUGUCGGAGAAGUACAUCGCGCUGUCAGUGCUCCGCCUCCUGGAGAUGGAGAAGUUCGUCGUGGAAGGCGGCGGGGCCUCGGGGCUGGCCGCCAUCCUCCCCGGGGGCCCCCUCGACAUCCCCGGCCUUAAAGGCAAGAAGGUGGUGAUCCCGUUGUGCGGCGGUAACAUCGACGUGCCCGUCCUCGGGCGCGUGAUCGACAGAGGGCUGGCGGCGGACAUGCGUCUGGUGCGGUUCGUGACGACGGUGUCGGACCGACCGGGGGGAAUCGCGGAGCUCGCUGCCUCCAUUUCGCAGGCGGGCGGGAGCAUCAGAGACAUCUACCACGAGCGGGCGUGGCUUCACUCGAACAUGGACCAGGUGCAAAUCAAGGUGGUGGUGGAAACGUUCGGCGAGGCGCACAGAGAAUCCUUGCACAAGGCGCUGGAGGCAAAGGGCUACGACAUGAACUGGGGCGACGACACUGAGGGAGGCGCUUCGGCGAAGGAGACUUGGUGAUGACAGGACACGACACGACACGACCCAACAACGGAAAUGGCCACAU